AUGGUGGCGGUGCAGCAGCGGCGGAGGCGCUGGGGGGUGGCCGUGCUGCUGGCGGCUUACGUGGGCUACCUGGGCAUGGGCGCCGCCGUGCUGCAGGCGCUGGAGCGGCCGGUCGAGGUGCAGGUGGCACAGCAGCUGCUCCGGGAGUACCUGGGGCUGCUGGCCAACCACAGCUGCCUGCGGGAGCCCGUCCUGCAGCGGCUCAUAGAGGGUAUCAUCCAAGCCUACAAGAGUGGCAUAACCCUCCAGGGAAACACCACUAGCCUGGGCAGGUGGGACUACAGUGGGUCUUUCUUCUUCUCCAUCUCUGCAGUAACAACCAUUGGCUAUGGGAACCUGAGCCCCAGCACUGCGGUUGGUAGAAUCUUCUGCAUUGUGUUUGCACUUUUUGGAAUCCCCUUGAACCUUUUUCUCCUGAAUGAAAUUGGGCAGCUGAUGCUGCUUGGGGUUCAGCAUUGUGCCCACCGCCUAGAGGAGAUGUUUCACUGGCAGAAUAAAGCUUCCUUCCUGAUGAAGACCUGUGCACUGGUAACUGGCUUGUUAUUGUUCCUCCUGCUACCUCCCUUGUUAUUCUCUGACAAAGAAGGCUGGUCUUAUGAAGAAGGCUUCUACUAUUCCUUCAUCACCCUCAGCACUAUAGGGUUUGGAGACUAUGUGAUUGGGAUGAACCCAGAUCGCACCUAUCCAAGCUGGUACAAGAAUGUAAUCCCUCUGUGGAUCCUCUUUGGGAUGGCCUGGCUAGCACUGGUUAUCAGAUUUUGCAUCAGCAUUCUAGAGAGCUCCAGUGACUUCUGUCAAUGCAACAAGAAGAACGCAGUGAUGGCAGAAGACUUAAUGGAUGGUAACAAAAAUAGUAUGGCUGGACAUCAAAAUGUGGAGAUCUGCACUGACAAAGACAAAAAUGAAAGGACCAGUUGAAUCUCAUUCUUACACAGCCCCUACAGAAGCCCUCUAGGGAAGAAAAAUAUCCUCAGUGUCCUGUAGGUUUUAGUGCCACCGGAGAUUAACCACUUAGAAAUUUGUAAGUGGAGCUGCCCUGACCUGUGAAUGGGGUGAAAGUUUGCUUAUUGAGUUUGAAAUGCUUUAAUUCUGAAUUGAGCAAUGUCAGAAUGUUUCUUUUGCAGCACCAAGUAUUACCAACAGGACUCUUAGCCAAAAGCAGAUUUAUGAAAGUAUUACCUGCCCUCCCACCUCAAUAUAUGAGGUAAUCUUUGACAUUCCUGAGCAACACUAGCUGUUGUCCAUUUCUUUGCAUGAUUCUUGAAGCCUCUAGUUACAUGUAUGGCACUUUGCAAAUGCCACAUGCAUAAAAGCAAGUGCCAUUUAAUGCAGGAAACAAAUAGCAGAUUGCCUAAAGAAAUGGAAAGCACUGUUUAAAACUAUCUGCCAGUCAUGGCAAAUGUGCACCAUCACGUAUAUACUUGUGCUUGUGAAAGGUGGUAACAAGGUUUUGCUCUCUGAUCUUUUGUAUGGGGUGGCAAUGAGGAAGAGAUUGUAGAGGUGCCUGGUAUAAAUAGAUCAUUCUGGUUUUUUAGAAGUAAUUUCUACAUCAGAGGUCUGCUAACAGAAAGAAGCUGUUAUGGUUGGCUAUUCAUAGGCGAUUCCUUACUUCAGAACUCAUGUGGUUUCAUCCUUUGAAGUACAGUAAUUUCACAAUUACAAGCCGCACCAUUUUGACUAAAGUUUUGGUCU